UGGUACGGUCCAGUCUAUAGAUUUCAGGGAGCGGCGGAGGGAGAAUCACUUUCAGCGAUCAGUGCAAAGGAGUUCUGAACAUUACAGAAGAAACACGGCAAGUUUCUGGAUCUCCUUUGUCUUUUCAAAAUACCAAGAACUUUAUUAACUACUGGAUAUUUUUGGACACGAUUUAUUCUCGGGAUUGAACACCACUUUUGGUGAAACUCAUGGCAAGAAACAUUUCGUAUCUUUAAGAGGACGUGAUAAAAAAUAAAAGUGAUAAUAUAAAUGUGCGGAUUUGACGCGCUUGAAACAGACACAUCUUUUCUUCUUGAUUGUUUUGUUUUCGACUGUAACGGAGCAGAUAAGGGUCCAGGGAGAUUUCCCGGGGAGAAAUGAAAGAACAAAGACAAAGAAAGAUGUAAGACUUCGUGUGAAAGUGUCCUCUGGAAAGCACGAACGUUUCUUUAAUUGCUGUGGACGAUAAUUACUUUCCCGCACUUUGCUUUAGACCGCGAGAAAAUGUGCCAGGUCGGAUUAUCGCGUUUUCUUAAACUUGAGAGAAAACAAAUGAGCAUUUGUAACUUGACACUCUGUGUUUUACUCUUCCUUACGUGUUUUUGCUCACCUUCAUCUUCAUGUCCUGUCCAAUGCUCGUGCGAAGCCACAACAGUGAACUGUGUAAACCAGGACUUAAGAUCAAUCCCCCAAAACCUUCCAGAAAUCAUCACCACACUUAACAUCAGUGGUAACAAUAUAAGGUCUCUAAACAACGAGUCUUUCCCCAGGCCGCUGGAACAUUUAACAAACCUUUAUGUGUCUGGAAGCCAAGUGGAGCAGUUAGACUCUGUGGUGUUUGACAACUUGCCAAGUCUUCGUUUACUUGACCUCAGCAACAAUAGGAUCAUGCAUUUUAACAUUGAGGCUUUCCCUCAAGACAACAAGGUUGAGGUUCUGAACCUCAGUAGAUCCUUAUACAAUCACUCAUAUGUAAGUAUUUUUGCAAAUCUUUUCAAACACAGCUUACCUAAGGUCUCCCAUCUCGAUUUGUCCAACAAUGACCUGAUGCUCCUUCCAGAGGGCAUGUUUACAGAUUUGUCGGAACUCACCAUUUUGGAUUUGAGGAACAACUCCCUUGUUGAAAUUAGCACUGGCACUUUUCAGAGCUGGACACUUCAAGAGUUGGACUUGCGGGACAAUGCAUUCAAAGUGCUGCCAAACUCGACACUGGCGGAGCUCAGUUCCAUCCCUGAUUUGCAAGUCCGUCUCGCAGGAAACCCCUGGCGCUGUGAUUGCAAUAUUGAAGACAUGUUGAUCUGGUUGAAGAAACAUGACUUUGUGGCAGACAAAAUAAACAUGACCUGUUCUGACCCAAUAGGGCUGCAAAAUAGCCUGCUCCUACACCUGGAGCAAUCACAGCUUCCAUGCACCUACACUGGAGAUCUGAAGGGUGUUCUGGAGACCUCCUAUGUCUUCCUGGGAAUGGUUCUUGCCCUCAUUGGGGUCAUCUUCCUGCUUGUUCUUUACCUCAACAGGAAAGGGAUCAAGAAGUGGAUGUACAAUAUCCGUGAUGCUUGCAGAGACCAUAUGGAGGGGUACCAUUACAGAUAUGAGAUCAAUUCCGAACCACGGCUUGCCAACCUCAGUUUGAACUCAGAUGUGUGAGGAGAUGUGGAUUGUCUGCACAACUGGCAUGACAUUAACUGGAUUCUGCAGGUGUCAACCCUGUUUUGCUCACUGCAGCUUUCAUAAAUGCUGAUGUCUUGCUAUAAUGUUGUCCUGUGACACAUGAGUCAAGCACAUACGUAGAGAAGUUAGAAUUAAUUUUCUCCUUUUUUGAUGGGACUGCGGAGGGGAUCUCUUUUAUUCUGAAGAAUGCAAGAGUCACACGUUAAAUCCGCUUGCAAUGUCCAAACAAACUGUAAUAUGCAUUCAUUUUUAUUUUUUAGUUAGCUUGAUUUGUUUCUUCUGCUUAAAACUAUUCAAAUUGCCAUGCAUGUAUUUAUGUGUUUUGUCACUGAUGUAAAAUCAUGAUAAUAUCCACUUUUUUAUUAUCAGUUAUUGGGUUUUAUAUUUACAUCGUUGGCUGGACAUAGAUCAGCGUUAACGCUUUACAUUUAUGUUCCCUUUGUUGAGGGUUUAUAAAGGGGUUCAUUAAUGACUAAUAAUUCAUUUACUGUACAAAUGCAUUAUAAAUCAUUUAUAUGCAGUUAUAAUAACAUGAAUAAAAAGAUGACUUUCAUGCAAUACUUGCCAAAUAGUGAGCUGUUUUACCCCACAUGUCAUAAAUGCAUAAUGCCACUUAUUCAACAUAAUUAUUUUUUUUUUUUUUAACAUUUUUUAUUUUAUUUUUCUCCCCAAUUUGGGAUGCCUAAUUCCCAAUGUGCUCCAAGUCCUCGUGGUGGCGUAGUGACUCACCUCAAUCCGGGUGGCAGAGGACGAAUCUCAGUUGCCGCCGCGUCUGAGACCAUCAACCCGCGCAUCUUAUCACGUGGCUUGUGGAGCGUUACUGCGGAGACGUAGGCUCCACGCUAUUCUCCGCGGCAUCCAUGCACAACUCACCAUGUGCCCCCCCAAGAGCGAGAACCACAUUAUAACGACCACAAAGAGAUUACCCCAUGUGACUAUACCCUCCCUAGCAACCAGGCCAAUUUGGUUGCUUAGGAGACCUGGCUGGAGUCACUCAGCACACCCUGGAUUAGAACUCGCAGCUCCAGGGGUGGUAGUCAGCGUCUUUACAUGCUGAGCUACCCAGGCCCCCUUAUUCAACAUUAUUAACAAAUGUAGAAGUAGUUGCCAACAUGUUCAUAAAGUUCAGUAUGGUUUAAUGGUCAUCAGGCUUAUAUGAUGUACUGUAUGCUGUGAAUGAGCAUGAAGAUCUGAAAAGUGUUUUCGAAGAGGACUAGCGGCGGUAACUAGGACUAGUUAAAUUGGAACACCACUCAGAGUACAAGGAAACAAGGAAAGUGUCAUCACCAUGACAAGGAAAGUGACAACACAAGUCAAGACAUUACAGUAAUGAAUACAAACACAGCAGACUGUAGCAAAAUGACAUAAUCUCUCUUUUUAAUCUCACUAUAAUAGUCUGUUUUUGCUGAACUGUGAUAUAAAUUAUGAAUUAGUGCAUUUUAUGGUUUUGAUUAAACUUUGAAUAAGUGUAUUUAUUAAGUAUUUAUAAUGCAAGUUAAAAUGCUCACUAUUUGGCAAGUAUUGCAUGAAAGUCACCAUUUUAUUCAUGUUGUUGUAACACCAUAUCAAUGAUUUAUAAAGCAUUUGUAAAUGGCUUAUUAGUCAUUAAUGAACCCCUUUAUAAACCCUUAACAAAGGGAGCACUAAUGUAAGGUGUUACCGGAUCAACUCUUCUCUGUGGGAUGCCUAGUUAAAUAAAAGGUCUUGCACUGA